AUGUACAGUCUGUUUACAGUACCCCAAUUACUGCAGACCUGUAUUCUCAAGAACGCGCUUUCACAAUGGAAAAAAUUCCACUCUUUCAUCGCUCACAGGCGAUUUGCAUUUGCUUCAUGCACAACUUUUCAUAAUAAGCUUAUUUACAUGUACGUUAAGUGCGGAAGUUUGGUUGAUGCCUGUAAAGUGUUUAACCACAUGAAAGAACGAGACAGCGUCUCAUGGAAUACGAUUAUUGCAGCGUACAGAAGACUUGGGUAUCCUCAGGAGGCAGUCACACUGUUUCACCAAAUGCAACAAACAGGUUUCCAACCCGAUCAGUUUACAUUUGCCACCGUACUCCCAGCCUGUGCCAAAAUGGGAGCUCUGAAACAGGGUGUAAAGCCAGAUUCCACAAGCUUUGUCAGCAUCCUGUCUGCCUGCGCCAAAAUAAGAGCUUUAAAACAGGGAUAUGCACAAAAUGGAUUUUACAAGGAUGCUCACAAAAUCUUUGAAUUAAUGAAGCAAUCUGGAACAUAUCCUGACAUUAUAAGCUUUGCUUGUGUUCUAUGUGCAUGUAGCCAUGCAGGUUUAGUGGAUGAGGGCUGUACAUACUUCAAUCACAUGAGCAACUUUUACUGCAUUACACCUACAAUUGAUCAUUAUGUUUGCAUGGUUGACCUUCUUGCCCGUGCUGGCUACCUUCAGGAAACACUAAAUUUUAUCAUUAAGAUGCCAGUUAAACCUAUGGGGGUUGUGUGGACGUGUUUUCUUGGUGCCUGUAGAUCACAUAUGAAUAUAGGCUUAGGAGUAUUUACAGCAAUGGUGCUUUUGGAUUUUGAUCCUAAAAAUGCCGCGACUUAUGUUCUUCUCUCAAACAUCUAUGCAAAAGUGGGUAAGUGGGGUGAAGCUCACAUGGUAAGGAGAUUGAUGGAAGAUAAAGGAAUUAAAAAGAUCCCUGGAUGUAGUUGGAUUGAAGAACGUAAAAUGGUACAUGCUUUUUGUGUAGGAGACAGAUCACAUCCACAGACCCUGGAGAUCUAUGCAAAGUUGGAGGAGUUGGCCUGCGAGAUGAAGGCAGCAGGGUAUUUCCCAAAUUCAAGACAUUUACUUAGUGAUGUGGAAAAGGAGGAAAAUGAAAUAUUUCUCUGCCACCAUAGUGAAAAGUUGGCAAUUGCAUUUGGUUUGUUAAACACACCCCCUGGAACAACUAUUAGAGUUGUUAAAAACCUUCGAGUAUGUGCUGAUUGCCACAUUUCAACAAAAUUUAUCUCCAAGAUUGUUGCAAGAGAAAUUGUUGUGAGAGAUGCAAACCGUUUCCAUCAUUUUAAUCAGGGAGAAUGUUCCUGUGGAGAUUAUUGGUGA